CAAGCAAAUACUUGUCAGGAACCGAUAGCGACUAAGUCGCGAGAUAGGAAGACGUUACUUUUUUCUUGUCGGUAGCACUGGUUUCACUAUUCCUGAACUUAGCAACAGUUUCUAGGCACAGUGUAUACAACCAAUAUGGCUGCUGUAAUAUCCAAUACAGAGUUGUAGCUGAUACACCCGGUGGAAAAUUGCUGCUUCAGAAGACAGACUUCUUUGUUUAAUCUUGAGAGAGUAAAAAAAAAAAAAACGUGCAGGAACGAUGUCUGCUUCACUGACGGUGACUCAACAGAUAAACAAAAUCGGAAAAAGCAGUAAUGGAUACAGGCAGCAUAGAGUGCACGAUUAUCUCUAUGAUCCCUUGUUCACAGUAUCAAGUGAAAAGGAUCAUGCUCGAGUUAAUUUCAAGGCAUAUACCUCCAUGAGCAGUCUGAAAAAAGUUCCUGAAUUUAAAACGAUGUUUAGCAAUCUACCACACUAUCCACGUUUUACAUUACGUCUGGAGGCAAAGGAUCCUGUCCCACAGUCUGUUGACCGCCAAUGGCAGGGGAGAAUAGAAGAACGCAGAGCAGCACUGCAACAGCAACUAAUAAAUCAUUCUUCUGUCCAAAUACCUUUGAAGUUUCAUGCAGAUCCUGAGAUAUCUGGUAAAAACCGCUACAAGUACUUUGAACGUCCUUUGAUCCCAUUUAUUCAGCAGAUUCCACCAAAUGUGGUCCUUCAGAUGGCCAGAACAGAUCCAUUUGGCUCUGCCGAAGGAACAGCUGAGAGACCCAAAACACCACUAGUUCGAACAGUAGCUGUUCAAACUGUAUACAGAGAUAGUGAGGCACAGACUGAUCCUUACACACCAGAAUAUGUUGUUCGUCCUGGAUCGGCCCCAGAACUUUUGACACUUGCCACUCUCACAUGGGGACAUGGUCUACCAGCAGGUCUAGCAGAAGUAGAGAUGAUCGAGCGAGCCCGUAAAAAACGUGCAUGGGAAGCAACCUUGCCACCACUAAAUGAUGUCUCACAACUUGAGAAACGAAGAAAAAUGAUGGAUGACAUGGAGAGAAAAGAAUGGGCCUUUAGAGAGAGAGAAAUUGAAAAACUGCAGGAGGCUCGUUUGGAAGUUUUGAAGACAUUGCUGAGACAGCGUGAAGAUAACCAACAGCAGAUGAAUAUAGCUCGUUUAGAUGCGCAGUGGUCAAGAAAGCAGAAAGAGAAGGAACGUAAAGUGAACAAAAUUCGUAAUGAACAUAUUAAAGUUAUCAGAAAGCUAACUGCAAAGAUGAAGAAUGUUGAAGGAAAGCUGGAAAAACGUGACAUUGUGAAGGAAUAUGCCAAUUAUGCAUCUCAGUGCUAUGCACCACUUUCUCGUACUGGCAUAUUUCCUGACCGUGACUCAGAGCGCUACGUAGUGAAAAGUCAUUUUCUUGAUACUUAUCAGGGAUUACUAGAGUUGGAAGCAUCCUUACCAGAGUUUGUUACCCAGCCACGAAUAACUCCUCCAAGGCCCCAGACAGCUAUCAGAAGUGGUUAUGUAAAAAGAACAAGUCGAAAGGAGGCUGAACUUGAUCAGAUUCAUAAGAUGCUGAAAGAAAGUAGAACAAAAAUGAAAGAGCAAGAAAAGCCACUAGCAUUUCUUCAGAAAAUUGAAAAGCCGAUACCUCGCCCUGCUACUCCAGAAGUCAAAGUACCACCAGAGGGUGAAGAAGAAAGAGAACUAGCUGUUAUCCACCUUCAAAAAUUAAUUCGUGGAAGAGCAAUUCAGAAUAUGAUGUUUGAAGGGAAGGAGAAAAGGAUUGAAUUAAUCCGUGAGCUUCGUACCACACAUGCUCUACAAGAAGAUAGGCAGCUUUUAAAGAAAGCAGAAAAACAAGCAAUAUUAGCAUUACAGCGUCAGCAGGACUUAAAACAGCACAAGCUAUCCACUGUUGAACAGCAUUUGUCAUAUAUGGAAGGUGGAACCCUUGUAGACAUGUUUGAUUUCUUGUCCAAAGAACUGAUCAGACUGCAAGAGGAAAGACGUAUCCAUGCCUUUGCUAUGUUAGCAGAAAGACAGAGACGAAUUAGAGAAGCUGAGGAGAGUGGGAAGCGCCAAGUGGAAGAAAGACGCAGGAGAGAAGCAGAUGACAUUUUUAAACAGGUUGUCCAGGUACAUCAGCAUACUGUUGACUCUUAUCUGGAAGAUGUUAUAUUGGGUACUAUUGAAAGUACAGCUGAGGAGCAAGCAAGAGAAGAAGUUCAUCGAAUGGCAGAGGAAAUCAAUAAUGUUGCCUAUGAAAUGGAAGAGCAUCGAACUCAUCUUCAGUCUGAAGAGAUUGUAGCAGAGCUGGUUUAUGGUUUUCUCAUUCCAGAAGUAAGAAAGGCCUAUGUCAAAGAAAGAGUGAAAAAGACUCAAAGGAAACAUACUCUUGCGGCACACUCUAUCAUCCAUGAAGACACAGAGAAUGUGAUGAAAAGUGACCAUCCAACUUCUUCAAGUGCUCGUUCAAGAAGUCUAGAGGGCUAAACGUCUUUAAUAUAAGCAUGAGGACUGAGAUGUCGGUUUGGCCUUUAAAUGAAAUGAAAACAUUAUGUAAAUGUACAGUCAAUACUAAUCAGAAAAUGUGUUUUAUAUUUUUGAAUAUAAGAAUAACAUUUUAAUUGACUAUACAGAGCAAUAAAAAUAGAUGUUGCAUGCAAACUACAACAGAGAGACUGUGCUACUGAUGUCUUUUUUAACAUUUUAAAUGAAGAAGAGUAGUCAGUGUCUGAUAGUGAUAAGAAAUGAAAGGAAACUUGAAUUUCCUAAGACCAAUGGAACUUACUUUUUGUAUGUAACAUUAAAAAGCCUAACUGCUGUUAGGGCUUCUUCCCAUUACAGUGGAUGCCAAGCUUAUAAAAAACAGUGUUGGAACAUUACAGUAUUGUGGGCUAUGCACAAUGGGCCAACUGUGCCUGAGCAAUAAGGAAUGCUUCUGUUUUAUGCUCCACAUCCACCCAUGUCAUCACUUUGUUACUGCUUGUAAAUCUUCCAUCGCACCAAACAAAAUGGGCUAAGUUGCCAAGAGAUCCAGUGCAGUGCUGAGUAGAAGAACUGAGGUAAUUGGAAUGAUACUUACAUGCUCCUGGACUUUUACCAGGAAGCAAUACUAAAGUCAUAUUUAUAUUAAAAUAAAGUACUUUUGCAAGGUGAUGUCACAGCUAUAAAGCUUAAAAGUAAUAAUAUGUUUAAGAAUACCUACAUUUACAGUAGAAAAUACUAAUUUAUAUCUGUUUGGCUUGAUUCUGCACAUCCAGGUAGUGUGGAAGUUAGUUCCUUAAUACUAUUGGGUUUUUGCAUUAAUACAGUGUCAGAGAAAUAUUUUGAUUUGAAUUAUUUUGUCAUCCAUUGCUGUACAAUUUAGACUGUGUUCUAAGCAGAUGACUCAAAAUACUAAUAAAUAGGCCUCACUGGAAUGCACUGAAA